UGCUCAGCUUCGGCCGUUGGAGUCACCGCGACUACAGUACGGUGACAACCCCCAUCUAUCGAUCGGAUUCAUUCACAAUGUUUUGGCGACUCACAACGAAUCAGUACAUCAUGCCGGUUAUUAUAAUUUGAUACAAAAAUAAUACAUUUAUUAUUUUCAAAUCUCUAUCCUGUAAUUGUAAUUUGAACUCAGUGAAGGUUGUUUAGAAAUCUCUUGAUAUUUAGAAUUAAAAUUUAUUAUUGAUUGAUCCAUCAUGAAGGAAAAAAAAGGAAGGGAUGGAGCUCACGAGGCUAUGCUCACUGAAAGUCAAAAGCCAAAAAUUUUAAGUAAAGAUAACAGAAAAGACGAAGAGUAUGAAGCUCUUCAGAGCUUUCUCCGCAGCAUCAGUUCGACUGCUACACUACCACCCUACGUCAAAGGAGAAACAUAUUCUUCAGUUCGCGGUGUCUUAAACCAGGGUCUCAUAACAUGUGCUGUAUUAAUAUUGGCCGCAGGGGCAGGCCAUCCCAUUGGGUUUUCCGCCGUUGCUCUACCACAACUCAGAGACGAGAACUCUACCAUGAGAAUAGACGAGGAGAUGGGAUCAUGGAUAGCUAGUAUACAUUCAGCAGCUACGCCCCUGGGUUCGAUGUUGUCCGGCCCUGUAAUGGAAGCAAUUGGUCGUCGUCGAACAUUGCAAGCGUGCAUAUUGCCACUUAUCUUAGGAUGGAUUAUCAUUGGCACUGCCGCUCACCAUGCAUUGAUGCUUCUUGGCAGAAUUGUCUGUGGGUUUGCUGUAGGCAUUAUGGCAGCACCCUCACAGGUUUAUCUGGGCGAAAUAUCAGAGCCGAGACUUCGUGGUUUACUCAUAGGAACGCCAUUCGUGGCCUACUCACUAGGAGUGUUAUACGUAUACGCACUAGGCGGUGCCCUACCAUGGAGAACAGUGGCGUUCCUAUCUAUCGUGCUACCCAUCUUGGCAUUCGUGGCGUUGUGUUUCUCUCCUGAGAGCCCCACGUGGCUUGCGCGGCGUGGACGUUUCCACGACGCCAUGGCCGCUAUGUCAUGUUUACGAGGCAACUCUGAAACUGCCCAACGUGAACUCCAUGAAUUGAUAUCAGCACGCGAGAAAGAGAAAGCGAGAGGUGAAGAGAGUGUUAGAUUCUUCGCGACAGUGACUCGUGCACCAGUCCUUAAACCACUGCUACUUAUUAAUGCAUUCAACAUGCUGCAGAUCAUGUCGGGAAGCUAUGUUGUCAUAUUUUAUGCUGUAGAUAUAGUAAAGGGCUCUGGUGGAUCACUAGACCCACAUAUGGCUGCAAAUGCAACGGCUUUAGUCCGACUAGCCAUGACAAUAGUUGCGUGCAUACUACUGCUGAAGGUGACUCGGCGAGGGCUGGUGCUGGUCUCUGGCGCCGGAACAGCCUUGUGCACUCUUGGCCUAGCCAUCGUACUGUCACAAGGUCCCGGCUACGGAUUCCUACCUCCCACCCUCAUUCUCGGCUACGUGGCAUUCAACACGUUAGGUUUCUUUUUAUUACCAGGGUUGAUGAUUGGGGAAUUAUUGCCCACUAAAGUCAGAGGUCUGUGUGGUGGUUACAUAUUUUGUCUUUUCAAUUCAGUCCUAUUCGGUUUCACAAAGUUGUUUCCUAUAAUGAAGCGCGCUAUCGGAAUGAGCGGCGUGUUUGGUUUGUUCGGCGCGUCUGCCUUACUCGCCACUAUAAUACUUUACCUCAUGCUACCAGAAACUAAAGGAAAAUCAUUAAUACAAAUUGAACAGUAUUACCAGAAACCGAACUUCUUCUGGUUAACGCGGAAGAAAACUGAUAGUCCUAAUGUGUGAAUCACUAGAAAUUCGUAUUGAAAAUUUGGUUUCAAAGUUUGCUUCGGUUUUGAGUGAUUAAGUAAUUAAGUGAUUCAACAUCAAACACUACUUACUAGUUUUAUUAUAUCAUUUACAAUUUAAUUUUUAGACCCUGACUAUUGUUUACUCACGUCUCAGAUAUAUGUAUUUAAGAUAUUCUCGAAUAUUUGAAGGUGAAUCUUUGACACGGUGAUGGGCAUUAAUGGAAGAGAGCCGGUCAAGAUUUUUACAUUACAAUAAACCUAAUAAGGUAUUAAUCAAAUAGACUAUCUCUAUAUGCUUAUUAUUAUAAGAGUAUUGUAUUGUGUCUAAAUUAUCGUCCAAUAUCUGGUAUUUAGUGUGUAAUAUUUAAUUACCGCAAAGUAUUAUAAUGUUCAAUCAGACCUAUACAUUUUGGUGUUUACUAUUUACAAAGGCAAUACAUAUAAUAUCUAAAAAUUAAGAGAGAUCGAAAUGUCUUCAUGCUAAGAUUUACUUAUAAAUCAAUUUUUAACUAUGUAAAUGUAAUUAAUAACUGUGAUGUGUAAACAAGUGGCUUGUUCGAAUUGUAUAUUGUACUUAUUUUUCAGAUGACACAUUUAAGUAGUGCAUUUAAUGUAAACUAUAAAUUUAUGUUAUGCAGGAUUUACAUAUGCAAUAACUAUUCAAUGUCUGUAAAGCGUUUGUAAACAUUUGACGGUUUUAUAAAGUGCAUGUAAAUCCAGCAUUACAUAUAUUCGUGAUAUAAUAUGUAUUUGACUUGUUUAUAGUUAAGUAAACAUAUAUAAGGGCGCGAGAUAUAACAGUGACGUUAUUGAGUACCACGAAACAACAAAUGAUGUACUAUGGAAGCUCGUCGUUACUAUAUACUUGAGAAAACAAUCAUUUUAUAUUACGAGAUUUUUAUCUGUGAUCUAAAUAAUGGCCGUGUUGUUAAGUACAUAAUAAUAACUUACUGUAUCAUGUACUUAUGAAGAAAAUAUUUUGUAAUCGCAUUAACAAAUAGAAUUUUACAAAUUGUGAUAAAAAUAUAACAAAUAAAUAAUA